AUGUCGUCCAUUCUCCAACGUGCCUUAGGAAACAACCGACACAACAAUAGUAAUGGUUCCUCCAUGAACAACCUAAAGGACACGACCACUUUGGCGUCUAACCACGUUGACGUUGCCCUGAUUCCGGUUGAACCGUUGGAGUCUCUUAGAACCAGACUAUCGCAGCUUACACAAUCCUUGGCCAAACUCCUUGACUCUCUUAACUCUCCCAGCAACAACCCCAACCCCGCCGACCCUACCCAACCCUCGCGUUUGCCACAUUUUGUGUCGUUGCAGAACCAGUACAACGUGAUUAAUAACCAGUUGGUUUCCAUUGUCCAGUCCUUGGAGGCCCAUCAGUCGGUGCUUCUCACCCAUGACGCGUUUCCACUUCCAAAAUUCCCCACAACAAAGGAACAGAACUUGGUGACUACAUUGCUAAGAAAGAAAACCGUUCCUGAGGUUGUCGACUGGGUGAAUGAGUCAAUGCAGCUUGUUGAUGAACAAAUCCGAUCGAAUCCUGCCAGUGGGAACGUCACGUCCUUGAACGACAAAUUUGUAGACUGGUGCGUGCAGUCGAUGACAGAGGAGCGGGACAAUUACGAAUUUCAUGGGUUCCAAACGAUGGCUGAAUUGCGCGAUAUUAACAACGGCGCAAGCGACAACGAUGUGGAUAUGACAAAGGAAGAGGACGAGAAGGCCAAGAGAAAGGAGGAAGAGUUGAAGAAGCUGGCGAUGAGUGUCAAUGAGUUGUUAAAGUUUAUCUACCAGGGGGUAGACCCCAGAGUUCUGAAUCAAGCUUAA